UUAUGUUUCUUUUCUAUCGCACGCCACUGGUAUCCGCAAAGUAUUGAACGAUUUUCCCCAUGUGGAGCGCGGAGUUCUCUCUAGAAGUGUUCUAACUUCUAACCGGCUUUGUGGUCUUGGUCUCGGUCUUAUUUACAUAGUAAAUACUAAACUUAUCAGGAAACUUAUCGAAAAUAGGGAUUUCCGACAACUAAAGUGUGUUUUAUUUUUAAAAAUUCAUUUAAUUUUACCAUAAAACCGGGAGAAAUUUAUUAAAUUAUCUAAAAAUGGAACUAUCUGUCAACACGCCAAAUGUAAAAUUGAGUGAUAAAUAUAUUGAAACAAAAUAUGACUAUCAAUACACGACAGCAGUACAAGACAGUAAUAAUAUUGUGGUUAACAACAACACUGAAAACUUGGUAUUUCGAACUGAAAGAAAAGUUCCUAAACUUGGAGUGAUGCUAGUGGGAUGGGGCGGAAAUAACGGAAGUACCUUUACCGCAGGUGUGAUAGCCAACAGAUUGGGUUUAUCCUGGCCAACCAAACGAGGAACACAAACCGCAAACUGGUUUGGCUCCGUUACCCAAGCCUCCACAGUUCGAAUUGCUGACGGCGUCUACCUUCCGCUCGCACGCCUACUGCCCACGGUAAAUCCCAACGAUAUAGUCAUAGACGGCUGGGACAUCAGCGGUAGCGAUUUGGCAGAGGCCACGGAAAGGGCCCAAGUGCUCGAACCGGCCCUUCAGCAACAGCUCAAACCUUAUUUGAGCAAUCUGAAGCCGAGACCGGCUAUAUUUAAUCAGGAAUUUAUUGCCGAGAAUCAGAAAUCAAGAGCCGAUAAUGUGCUUAAAGGAUCGAAAUAUGAACAAGUACAACAGAUCAUGAACGACAUUGAUGAUUUCAAAGCUAAGGAAGGCUUGGACAAAAUUAUAGUGCUGUGGACAGCAAAUACCGAAAGGUUUAGUAGUCUCUUGGAAGGAGUAAAUGACACACUUGCAAACUUGAAAGCCGCCAUUAAAAGCGGCCAUGAGGAAAUAUCUCCUUCUACGUUAUUUGCAUUCGCCGCAAUAUCUAAAGGUUGCACGUAUAUUAAUGGUUCACCACAAAAUACCUUUGUUCCAGGACUCAUUGAAUAUGCCGAACAGGAAAACGUUUUUAUAGCUGGUGAUGAUUUCAAAUCUGGCCAAACCAAAAUAAAGAGUGUACUUGUGGACUUUCUGGUUAGUGCUGGCAUCAAACCAGUCAGUAUAGUCAGUUACAAUCAUCUUGGAAACAACGAUGGAAAGAAUCUUAGUGCACCUGAACAAUUUAGAUCUAAAGAGAUAUCAAAAAGUAAUGUUGUUGAUGAUAUGGUUGAGUCAAACAGUAUUUUAUUUAAGCCUGGAGAGAAACCAGACCACGUUGUUGUUAUAAAAUAUGUUCCUUAUGUUGGUGAUUCAAAGCGUGCAUUGGAUGAAUACACAUCAGAAAUCAUGAUGGGUGGACUGAAUACCAUAGUCAUUCACAAUACCUGCGAAGACUCUUUGUUGGCUUCGCCAUUAAUUUUGGACUUAAUCAUUCUUGGAGAAUUAUUUACCCGGAUCCAAGUGAAAAGACAGGACUGGUCUGACGACAAAUACACAGGAUUUCACCCAGUUCUAUCAGUUUUGAGUUAUUUGUGCAAGGCCCCUUUGGUUCCUAAUGGUACACCAAUUGUAAACGCCUUAUUUAGACAAAGGGCAUGCAUAGAAAAUAUCCUAAGAGCGUGUGUUGGGCUCCCUCCAGAUACAUGUAUGACUUUGGAACACAGACUACCAUUUUUGAUACCUGCCGUUGCUGAAGAACCCAAAACAAAGAAACUGAAACUGGCCAAUGGUCACUAAAAAUUUAUUUAAUAAUUGAUUAUUUUAUAAGUAUUACAGUUUUUGUAUUUAUAUAUUCACACACGUUUGGACUCAGGACAUACUAUUAUUUCUUAUAUCAAUUAUAUGAUAUUCCAUAUUAUGUCAAUUAUAUGGUUAUUUGUUUUUUUUUUGUUAUUAAUAAACAAAUAAUAUAUAAUUUAAAUUACCUGUAGGUAUAAAUUAAAAUACAGUGUAAAAAACAUAGCAUUUCCUAUAAAUAUACAAAUUUAUAAAUUCAAUUCAGUAUUUAAUGUUAUUCAUAUUGAGUCUAUUUUUAUAAUUCAUUAAUAUUUGUUAUAAAUUGUUUAGAUUUAUGUCUAAAAUAAUUAAAAUUAUUUAUUUUUUUUUAUCAUUAAAUCCCCCUGCAAGGCUUUAAAUAAUAUUUAUUAUUUGUACUUAAGUUAUUUUGGAAGUCAUUCAUUAUUUCUGUAGAAAUUAAGUAAUAAAGAUAUAGGGAAAUUAAAAUAACUUUCGUUGCACAUCAUAAUACGACCACCAGCAAACUCCAGAAGACGACGCAUGGCGUCAUUGAUGACGUGCGAAGAAAGUUGUUCCAAUUUCCCUAUAUGUUACAAUUA